UUGCUCUCACAAUUGUAUUGUGCUUGGUCCUUUCCAUGUCAAGCGCUUUCAAACUCAGACAAGGAAACAUUGCCGCUGAUAUUGGUGCUGGUGUUGGAGCUGCCAACCAAGCCAUCACUGAUGGAGAAGAAUUCUUCAACGACGCUGUCCACGGAGCCCAAGCUACCAUGGAGAACUUUGCUGGACAAGCUGUAAACGGUGCAGGAGCUCUCGCUGGUAUGAUGGCUGGUGGAGCCCCUGCUGGUGGAGCCAGACUUCAACAAGGAGACCUUGCUGAAGAUUUUAACACUUUGAACCAAGAUGCUCUCCAGGCUUUCCACGAUUUUGAUCAAUCCUUUGCUGAUGGCCUUGAACAGACUGAAAUGAUUACUAAUAACGUUAUUGGAACUACCGAGCAAGCUUUGGGAGCUAAUGGAGCCACAGUCGCUAACCCAGACAGACUCCAACAAGAUGAAGCAGAGGCUGCCACUCAAGAUGUUCCAGAUGCUGCUGGUGAUGCAGAUGAAGCCGCUAUGACCCCACUCGAAGCUUUCAACGACAAUAUCCUCGAUAGCAUCCUAGACUUUGGCGGAUUUUUAAACACUCUUGCUGGAGGUAGUCCUCGCGAUGAAGCAAGACUUCAGAGACUCCACUAAGUUGCAAGUUUGAAGUAGUAAUUUCUUGAGAAAACUAAAGAAAUCAUCGGAUAUAACUAAUUGAUAAAAAAUUUAA